AAUGACAUAGACCAUGCUGUUUUCACCAACGAAUCUUUAUCACCAAAUAGUUUCUUCUUUCAGAAAAGCCAUGAAAGGCAUGAUCAAACCAUAAUAAAUUCUUUCACCAAACCAAUCUCCAAUUCCCCAAAUCAUAUCCCUACAAAAACCCCAUAAAAUUUUCUCACAAAAGCAACAAUCUUUUUCCCAAAUUUCUCCAAACCCUAAUCAAGAUCAUUUUUAAUAACCAAAAAUAUACAUAUCAUACAUAUGGAAUUCAGCCCAAUAAAAAUAAAGUCAACAUUCACAUCCCCAUUUGAAAAUUCACCAAGGGCAGAUGAUGGAAAUGCCUCAUCUAGAAAGCCCCUAAGUUUAUGGCCAGGUAUGUAUCAUUCCCCUGUUACUGCUGCUUUAUGGGAAACAAGAUCAAAAAUCUUUGAAAGACUUCUUGACCCACCAAAAGAUGCACCCCCACAAAGUGAAUUACUUACAAGAUUCCCAUCUCAAAGUAGGACAACAAUUUUGUAUAACUUUUCUACUGAUUAUAUAUUGAGAGAACAGUAUAGGGAUCCUUGGAAUGAGGUUAGAAUUGGGAAAUUGCUUGAAGAUCUUGAUGCAUUAGCCGGUACUAUCUCGGUUAAGCAUUGCUCUGAUGACGAUAGUAUGACAAGGCCCCUAUUGCUGGUUACUGCAUCUGUUGACAAGAUGGUCUUGAAGAAAACAAUUAGUGUUGAUUGUGAUCUCAAAAUGGCUGGUGCAGUUAUAUGGGUUGGGCGGUCUUCUAUUGAGGUUCAACUUGAAGUCAUUCAACUGUCAACUGAUAGCACUGACAUAACAGAAACAGUAGCUCUAACAGCUAACUUCAUAUUUGUGGCCCGUGAUUCCAAAACUGGGAAAGCUGCUCCUGUGAAUCGGCUAACACCACAAACCGAGGCAGAAAAACUACUCUUUGAAGAAGCAGAAGCAAGAAACAAACUGAGAAAAUUAAAGAACGUGAAUAGAAAGGAGAUUGAUGGAGAAAAGAAUCGACUUGAUUUAUUAUUGGCUGAAGGACGUAUUUUCUGUGACAUGCCUGCGUUGGCAAAUCGAGAUACCAUUCUUCUUAAAGAUACGCGGCUUGAAAAUUCAUUGAUAUGCCAACCCCAACAACGAAACUUACAUGGACGUAUCUUUGGAGGAUUUUUGAUGCAUCGAGCCUUUGAGUUGGCUUUCUCAACAGCUUACACUUUUGCUGGAUUAAUGCCACAUUUUCUUGAAGUUGACCAUGUUGACUUUCUAAGACCGGUGGACGUUGGUGAUUUCUUACGUUUCAAGUCAUGUGUUCUAUAUACAGAAUUCGAACAUGCAGAACAACCUUUAAUUAAUGUUGAAGUUGUUGCCCAUGUUACGCGGCCCGAGCUCAGGUCUAGUGAGGUUUCAAACACAUUCUACUUCACAUUCACAGUCCGGCCAGAAGCUAAAGCCAAUAACAAUGGGUUUAGGAUUCGUAAAGUGGUUCCAGCCACAGAAGAGGAAGCACGAAGGAUCCUUGAACGUAUGGAUGCUGAUUCGUUGGGUUCAAAAGAAAGUAACUGAAUUUUGAAUCACAUCCACGAACCCCUUCACAUACUUCAAAACAUCAAAUAAGUAUUAAAGAAAUUAUAUACGAAAAUACUGACUUAUUAAGAAGAAAUAAGAACUGUACUGCACUCGCAGGCCAUUGAAUAGGAAAUAAUGUACUAACUAACAUCAGAUUAUGAGAUUCUUGUCUUUUGGAUUUUAAUGAAUACAAGCAAGAUAAAGUAAUUUGCUUUCUAA